GAAAAAUAUAUUGGUCAUUGGACCAGUAUCAUGGUAACAAACUGGUUAAUCUAUCAACAAUGCACGGUACAGAAUUUAUUGAUGCGAAGAUAAAACAGCGUAGAGUAUUGUUGAUAUCGAAAAGAAACUCACCAACUUGUCAGCAUAUUGAGGGAAUUUUGAGAACAUACAGUUUAAAUAGAGGAAAGACUAACAAUUUUGAAGUACUGUACAUAGAGUGUAGGAAGGAUUGUGGCACAAUCGAGACAUACUUAUGGCACAAGCUAUGUUACCGGAACAGGCAGGUACCGCAUUUAUUUCUGGAUGGCAAACACAUAGGAGGAGAACUGGAAAUAAAGCGUCUACAUGAGAGCGGCGAAAUGAGACGAAUAUUUACGGAAGCAGGUCUUUGAACAUUCCUUACAGUCAAAAUAACAAACUAAAGAAUGGAGAAAGGAACUUAUUAUUUCUAAACGCUUAUGGCUCCAUUCAUCAAAAUGAAGAUUGCUACAGAAUAUAUACUACAGUGGAA